AUGCCACCUCUGGAGAAACAGCAACUGUCUCAAAGACAUAUCUUGGAGUCGGAACGGACGGCAGAAAAGCAGAUCCCCCGUGGGGCAGCCGGACAUGCGAGACUAACCCUGACGACGUGCCUACCACUGGUGUCACACGGAGAUACGAAUGGACGAUUCAAAGGGCGGUUCUGGCCCCAGAUGGAUUUGACUUUACUUACUGUCAAUGGACAGUUUCCCGGGCCCCUUUUAGAGGCCAAUUGGGGUGAUAUGGUGGAGGUUACCGUUCACAACAACAUCACGGAUCCAGAGGAAGGCACCGCAAUGCAUUGGCAUGGCAUUCACCAACAAGGGACUGGUCUCAUGGACGGAGUUAGUGGCAUUACCCAAUGCCCUAUUAUGCCUGGUGGUAGCUUCACUUACCGCUGGAAGGCCAGCACAUAUGGGUCGACGUGGUAUCAUGGACACCACGCCCUGCAAUAUGGCGGGGGUCUCUGGGGUCCGUUGAUAAUCUACGGCCCGUCUCAUGUCAAGUUUGAUUUUGACCUCGGCCCUGUUACACUUUCCGACUACUAUCACUAUCCCUACGAUACAGUCGCAAUGGAUGCCAUUUCGACUAGCAAUGAUACCAACGUUUACGCCCCAAAGUCGAAUAAUCACCUGAUCAACGGAAAAAAUAGCUACAACUGCUCCUUGGCACCCGCGAACACAACCUGCACCAACAACGCCGAGCGCGCAUCUCUCAGGUUCAAGUCCGGCAAGGUUCAUAAGCUUCGGCUUAUCAACACCAGUGUCGAGGCCAUGCAAAUAUUCUCCAUCGACGGUCACACGCUCACUGUCACCACAAUGGACUUUGUCCCUGUCGAGCCUUACCAAGUGGAAUACAUCAUUCUCGGUGUUGGGAUGAGAGCUGAAGUCCUUGUCAAUGGCACUGGAAACCCCAAGCAAUCUUACUACAUGCGGACGAGGAUUCAAUGUGCUGCUACCAACACCACCGAAGCACUCGGUACAAUCUAUUAUGAUGAAACUCCAACCACGGUAGUUCCGGCAACCACAACAGUCUCGGCACUCCCUGACUUUUCUUCUACCUGCGGUGAUCCUGACCUCCCUAAGAAGAAGCCAAUCUACAAGAAAAGCGUCCCCAAGCCGGACCUGACCCUGCUCUACAACAUCACCUUUGGAGCGAACGCCAGCGGCAACCACCAAUGGUUGAUGAACGAUGUGACGUUCAAGGCGGACUGGAGUCGUCCCUUGUAUAUUGAAGCGGCCGACGGCAACGACGACGAAUCAGAUGGAUUUUACAAUGGGACCAUUGAUUACCCCAAGAACCCGGCACGCGCCGACACGGAACUCCUCCGACGCAACGGCCAUCUCGUUGUACAGUUCGACGCGAAGAACCCAGGGGUCUGGAGCUUUCACUGUCACACUGCUUGGCACGCCAGCGUUGGACUUUACAUCAACUUUCUGGUCAAGCCCAAGGCCGUCCGGAAAAGUAAAAUUCCUGACGAUGUAAGGGAGGUUUGCCGGGCUUGGGAUGAGUACAGGCAAUUGAAUGGCGCAAACGCAUUUCCUUUUGAUAGUGGACUUCGAUAA